AUGGAGAUUUCUAAUUUUGAUAAUAAAAACCUGUAUAUAAUCCAAAGUUAUCUGUCGGAAAAUUGGGCCGUACCCUUCAACAAGAGUUCAAAUUCAGAAUCAGACUCAGAAUCAAACUCCAAGAUAAUCCAACACGCCAGCAAAAAAAGAUGUCAAAAGUACAAACGACCUAAGUCCAAGAGCACAAGUGAAUCUGACUCUGAAAGUGACUCCAAAACAACACCAAAGAAGAAACGGUUUAAGAAACAACAAGAUGUUUCCGAAUCCAAUAGUGAUUCUGAUAGACAUUCAAAAAGGAAACUUUUGAAGAAAAAACCCUCCGAUUCUGAAACUUCCAAUAAUUCUGAUUCAGAUUCAGAACAUGUUCCAAAGAAGAAAGUUUUCAAGAAAAAGAGAAUUCUUCCAAAGAAAAGGAACAAGCUAUCUCCAGCUUCAAGCGAUUUAGAUACAUCAGAUGAUGAGAACCAUAACUACAAAUGAAAUGUGUUGAUUCAAAUUCAAGUAUAAUUCAACAACAGACUCUGAUACAAAUAAUGGCGACAACUUUCUCGUAAAUCUGAAUGACGUGACAACCAAAACAUCACGUGAUCUAAAGGCUAAAACUGCAUAUAAAUUACUUAAACUCACAGUCACCAACGAAACAGGCUUCAAUGGUGCGAAAUACAAGAAGGCAGUAGGCAAACUGCAACAUCCGAAAACCAAGAAAAUAACAUCCAUUCUACUUCCUCGCCCAAUCGCUAACUAUAAUUCAAAGACACUAAAAGAGAUCAAGAAAAGGAUUGAAAAGGGAAAAAAUCCCUCAUACACUGUGAAGAAGAUUACUAGUAAGAAAAGACCUGAUCACAAGGGUCACUAUGAUCUUGUAGAUUUCCAGUGGAGUUGAAACGUUUAUUCCAUUGUCUCAUCCAACCAAAUUUCUGUAACUUUUAAAAAAAUAGAAUUGAGACAUCAUCAUAUUUAAAGUUUCAUAAUAUCACAGAAGAACAAAUAUUUUCAAAUUUUUUUGUAGCAAGAAACAAUAAAUGAUAUCUACCCUCUUCCCACACACUAACUUACAGCACAAGAUAUUUUCUCCGUAAACAUUCAUUUCAUCUAAUACAUUUAUCCACCAGCCACUUCUGAUACAACCUCAACGAUUGUAAAGAACGAGUCAAAUUCAUUUAAUAUCAAUUUAUUGAUAUUUCAGGACAUAACUUAUAGCCCUGCUUUCUUUCCUUCUUGUUUGUGUUUUUUGAGAAAAAUUCCUGUUUCAUGUUGGAAUUUUGGAAAUCCGGCUUUGCUACAAGAAAGGCAAAUCAAUAAAGAACUUGUAUAACAAAAAUCAAGUCUCGACAACUUUUGGUUCAUCGCAAGGAGAAUUUUUAGUAAACGACUAAAUUUGUUACGUAAACUUCAAUAACUCAGAAAAUAAUGGGAGUUGAGUGCCUCAACUUUGGGUUAGAGUUCAUCUUAUAGUAAGCAACGUAAAACCUAAAUACGAACAUAAUGCCACAAUUAUUUUAUAAAAUGAUAUUUCACAUUUUUUCACUUUACAGUAA